CCCGUUAGCGGGUUCUAGAACUCUCUCUCUCUCUCUCUCCCUCGCGGCUUCUUCCCCAAGAAAAUAAAUGGAAAAUAAAUAAAUAAAAAACCAUUCCCCCUAUUCUUCACAAUAUACUCGAAGAGUCGAAGUAGAGCCGUUCAACCUCAGAAAUGGAGUCUUCGAAACCUCAGCCUGAAGAGCCCCGUUUGCCGGUGUAUCCAGCCGCGAGCUCAUGCAGAAAGAAGAAAACGGAGGGCGCGAGUUUUGUGAGGGAUCUGAGGGACCACAUCGAUGAGUUCAUUCACGCCUCGAUGGACGAGCACAAGACUUGCUUCCAGAAGACGAUCAAAAAGAUGUUCGGCAUGUCGAAGGCCGUCGCAGAAAGAGCUGCGGAGGAUAAAGAAGUCGAGAGUUCUUUGCCCCUUCAGACGACCGUAUCCCAGUAAGAGCGAAGUCGCGACUAAAGUAAUAUAGUUUCCUGCUUUCUCUUUUGCAUUAAGUUGAUGUUGCUUUGUUAGAUUUUUGAAAUGCCAAUAACUAGAUGAGACUAGGUUUUCUAUUUAGUAAGCAUUUGCUUUGAGACCCAUUUCAAUAUCACAUUUCAAGAUAGAUCUUUGAACUUCGAGUUAAGUUUACCGUUCUCGCUUAAUAUAGCAUCGAAGCAUGAGAUCCUGAUUUCAA